GUAAACAAUUAUAUGUAGGGUCAUAUAGGAUAAUACCUGGAUAUAAAAAAAUGGCUCAUUUCAUGUCCGUCGAAUCAAUAUCACCUGACCCCGCACUAUCAUCCCACUUCACCUCUACCAACUCUCCCACCACCACCACGACUCAACAUCAUACAACUACAACCACAAUGGCAACCUUCCAAAUCCACUACUUCUCCACCGCCUCCUCCUACGCCAACAAAAACACCGAAGCCCUCCCUGCGCCCCUCCCACUAGCCCAACUCUUCGACACCCUCGAGUCGCGAUACCCGGGCAUUCGCGAAAAGGUCCUGCAAAGCUGUGGUGUGAGUGUUGGUGAUGAAUAUGUAGAUGUUGAAGAGGCGGAACAAUAUCAAAGUGAAGGAAGGGUGAUUCAGGCUGGAGAUGAGGUUGCGAUUAUUCCCCCGGUUAGUUCGGGGUGAUUGAUUACGAUACAACAAUGGAAAGACAAUCAUGCGAUACGGUGCAGUGCGACUAUCCGUCCAAUUUCUCUACCCCAGUCGCGGCCUUUUUCUUCAUGCGCCAGAGAUAUCCACUGCAGGCUGCUGAGAAGAAGAAUAACACACUGUACAGAGUACCAGUUAGCUCAUUCUGAUGGAGAGGGGAAGGGGACUCACCAUAACCCAAUACUCAACCCCCAAAUCGACUUGGCCUCCAAACAUACUUCCCUCGAUAUUCCGAUCCAACUUCCAUAGUCGACCUUUCCGCCGUU